AUGUCACGCUAUGCUUUCCCACGUUCCGAACAUUUUGGUGUAACAAUAAUUGCAUUUUCCUUUUACCUUUUUCUCUCUGUUGUAAACUCAUCGGUGGUGGACACUUACAAGCAAAUCCACGUCACCCUUGCUCGCCAAGAAAAAACCUCACAAAGCCCUACUAUCUUUAAAGACAUCACCAUCAACCAAUCAAAAUCCACAUCGGCCCGGGUCUACGUGUCCCGCGAAGCACUGGAUAAUCCCCGGCUGAAGCUUCCCGUCGUAUUUUUUUACCACGGUGGUGGAUUCGUUGCCUUCAGCCCCUCCUCACCUGACGACCACAAGUUCUGCCUCCAAAUGGCGAGCGACACGCAAUCCGUCGUCGUUUCAAUAGACUACCGCCUCGCCCCGGUGCACCGGCUACCGGCGGCGUACGAGGAUGCCAUGGAAGCAUUGCACUGGAUCACAACCACCAGCGAGGCCUUCGUGACGUCGCACGUUGACUAUUCCCGAUGUUUCCUCAUGGGAUGGAGCGCUGGGGGAAAUAUUGCCUACAACGCGGGUCUACGUGCGGCUGCGGAGGUGGAUCAAAUAAAACCGGUGGUGAUCCAAGGGCUAAUAUUGAUUCACCCGUUUUUUGGUGGAGUGAAGAGGACCCCUUCGGAGUUGAGGCUGGCCCACAAUUUGGAAUUGCCUCUGUUCGCCACUGAUCUUGCGUGGAAGCUGUCACUGCCCAUUGGCGCUAACCGUGAUCACGAGUUUUCCAAUCCAACGGUUCACGGUGGAUCACCGGCUUUGGAGCAGAUUAGAGGGCUUGGAUGGAGGGUUGUGGUGUUCGGGUGCGAUGGGGACCUUCUGGUGGACCGUCAAGUGGGGUUCACCAAAUUGGUGGAGGAGAAAGGUGUGCAUGUGGUGGGCCAGUUCUUCCGUGGAGGCUAUCAUGGGAUUUUUAUCCAAGAUCCUUCCAUGGCCAAAAAGGUCUACCACCAACUACAGAUCUCAAUGACCGCUUCUUAAACACAAUAAAUCUUCUAGCUAAUUAAUCACGUUUGAUGACAAGUUACAUGCUUAAUGUAGAAUAGAUCAACACUCUUUCAACUUUCAACUAUUAUUCUCUCAAACUUUAAUUUCUUUAAACAUCCUCAUCAACAAAUA